CACAGAGUACUAGCCGUGACGGUACCCAGGGCGCUUCAUCUACAUUGGGCGCCUACAGAACGAUUUCUGACGACGCCUUGCGCUAUCCGAGGAACACGCAGCACACGCCCACGACCAAAGAGAUUUGCAACGUCGACGAAUGCGCAUGCGCGAUCAAUCAACAACUUUCGGCCUCAGAAAGACGCUAGUACUCCGGAGCAUGAGGAUCAGGCAUGGCUGAACAAGGAAAUGGAGGACACACGCCUCCCGCGUUUGCCUUCAUGGACGAAGCAACCGCUGGUACAAGCCGUGAAGGCGGCGAGGGUGCUUUAGGCACUUCCGACGAUUACCCCCCGUAUGUUGACGAGUACAUCAAUGACGUUUGGGAGGUGUUGAACAGCCAGACCGAUGCCACUGACGUCAAUGAUGCCACUGACAGCGCGAGCACCAAUCACGCGCCUGCGGAGUCCUCCGGCAGUGCCCAUCACUUCAGGCCCAGUACGAGCCACGCUGGCGUAGAGAAAGUAUCGUCCACUACAGAAGACACCGCGAGGCUUUAUGAGGACGCCUGGCGUUACCAGGGGAACACGCAAACCACGGCGAUUACCGAAGAAACUUGCAACGUGGAUGGUGUCACUGACAAUGGCAGCACUAGUUACCUGCACCUGGGGGCCAUCAGCAGCAUCGAUAACCCAAGGCUCAGCACAAGCCGUGCUGGCAUGGAGGAUGCAUCAGCCAGUUUUGAAGACGGCGCCACGAAUGCUACUGGAACCGGAGGAAUGGAGGAGCAAGACUCCUGUGGUGUCAGAGCAAGUGUUCAAUCGUCUGCCAAGAAGUUGAAACACGAAUGUCAAACAUGUGGUAAAUUUUUCACAAGGGCUGUCCAUCUAUCUGGACAUUACCGCACGCAUACCUGCGAAAGACCAUACAAAUGUGAAAUAUGUGCGAAAUCAUCCGCGCAAAGGCCGAAUUUGCGUGAUCAUGAACGGAUUCACACAGGUUUGAAACCCCAUAUCUGUCAAAUAUGCACUAAACCGUUCAAAAGCAAAAGGGAACUUAACAAUCAUCUCAAAUCACACAGUAACGACAGACCUUUCGUUUGCGACAUAUGUAAUCGCUCCUUUAAGCACAAAUAUACUCUCCAAAGACACCGCGAAGCAUUUCACGAGGACGGAACACCGUAGGAGUGCAAACAGUGUGGAUAUCGGUCCACAAAGAGAGAAUACAUCGACGCACAUCUCUGCCAGAAUACUGGGCGCUAAUUGUGUGGAGAUUCGUCUAGACAUGCAUUUUAACGAAUUGCACACCCCGUGACGCAUACGGUGGGCAGUCUUAACAGUGUCACUAGUGCGCAAGUGCUGUAAAUCGCCCAUGGGCAUUGUAUAUGAACGUGACCAUGCACCCGUGCAGGAAAAAAUAGGCGCUGACAUUCUCCCGCCGGGGUGAUAAACUAACCGGACGCAUCGUGUGGAGAGGCGGGCUUCUUUUGACGUUUAAGACUGCUGAGUGAAAUGCAAGACGUAAAUGAUGCCGCUUGAUUUUCCGAAAUUACGAAAGGAAACGUCGUCUCCAGCAGAAUUCGGGAUGUUUGAAUAUCGAAGUAUAUUGCACGUCCUGGCUAGAGCGUGCUGUUUGCACAACUAUGUUGUUCGCCAAAGUAGCUUUAGCGAACUCAUUCAUAGACAAACCCUAAUGAGCAGCAAGUUCGUGUUUUGUGUCACUAGAAGGUUGAAACGUUCGCACAGAAUCCUUGACACGUAGUUUAGUUCUGUGCAAAUGGUCUGAGAGUGUACUAGUAAACAAGCUUUACCUUAUCAUCGUUUUAAUUAUUCUGCAGUGUAAAUAGAAGAGAACACCUCUUAUUAGGAAACAUUUUCAAAGAAGGCAGUUUUCUUGUCAACUAAAAAAAAUGUCUACCAAUAUUUGACGUCCCUAGGCCUUGCUGCCUCCCAAAGACCAAUUUUAUGACAAUAUGUAGACAUAAACAUGCGGACAUUGAUGUCCCUUACAAAUUGUUCAAUGCACGUAAUGCUUUGGUUCACUCUUUGGCUCUUUUAAUCACAGCGAAGGUUUUUCUUCUUUAUCAUGCCGAUGAGAAAACUGAAACUGAAUUAGACUGAAAUCAUAUGUAGCUUCACAAUAUAUGUUCUACCAGAACGAAUAUUUUAGCUGUUGUAUUAACGUGGAACUUCUGUCACCUUUAAUGUGCAUUUUCUCAUUCAUUCUGAAGGCGUCCCUUCUCCCUUGCCCUGCACUCUAUUACAGCUGUAGAAUUUUUAGCCUGAUGUCACAAACGUGUCCCCGCGAGCGAGAUAGCUUUUAGCUAUACUAUUGACACCCGUAGUUCGUAUGUCUUCUUGCUGUGGGCGCGUUUCACCGGAUGCGCUUCUCAUUGCAUGACGCGCCUGCAUGCAUCAAAAGGUGCUCCGAAGUUCGGUCUUAUUUUUGGUAUUGUUCAAUUUUUAUCACCGAAUUUCACGCGCAACGCAAAUACAUUUGUGCAUUCUGGAAGGCACGCGAGCACCAGCGAUGCCGCUGGAAUCUUCUACGAAUAAUGCGCGAACAGCCGACGCUUGUUAAUCGUAAAUCUCUUGUUCGACGAUCGAUUCAUGUGCCCGGCACUAUUUUUCUA